AUGACACCUCAAACACCGAAUGACACUUUCUCUACGAGUGCCCCUACUAGCCCGAGGAGAAUCAGCAUGGAAGUGGGAGGUUUGUGUCUCUUUAGUGUCCCAACAAGUCCCAAUAGGAUUGAAGAUUCAAGCUUCAAUGAUGGUGAUGAGUUCGAGUUCGAUAUUAGUUGUCGUUUCGAUGUUGAUGGACGCGAGGUUGAGUCAAAGAGGAAGUCCGAGUCCCGACCGGAGAAACCGAAGGAAUCACUUCCUGCCAUGUCAUAUGCUGAUGAGCUGUUCUGUGAUGGGAAAGUGAUGCAGUUGAAGCCUUCGCCGAGACUUCAACAUCAUAAGCAAAGGUCGAUUUUAUCGUCCCCUAGGUCGCCUAGUGGUGGCCUGAGACUUUGGUUUCAACGUAGGAGCUUGGGAAAUGACGACUUCGAUCCGUUCAUGACGGCUUUGAAGAACGUCAAGGAAGAAGAAUCCCAAGCCAAAAACCAUAGACGAUCCCGGUCUAUGUCUCCGUUUAGGGAGAUAACAACAAGACCAAAAGAAACCAAUGGCAUGUUUGUGUCGAAGCAGAAGCAGAUCAAUGAGAUGGGACUCAUAUUAUCGACGAAACAAUCGGAUUCGAACUCAAACAAGACGAUGGAGAACAAUGAACCAGCGGAGCCCAAAGGUGUAGUUUUUGUGAAAGUUGGGAAUGAAGAUUCAACAAUGGAGGGCGGAGAAAGUGGAAAGCAGACUAAGGGUCAGAAAAUGAAGAACCUUAUGUUUAGGAGUGGUUCCAUGAGAGCGAUGAGCAAUGAAAACAAGGGUAAAUGCCAUGGAAAUGGAAAAGAAACAAGGCCAAAACUUAAGAGGAAGUUUAGCUUGAAGGCCAUGGGAAUAACCCCACGCAGGGAGGAAAAGAAUGCGUCCCAAGUGACCCUAAAGACGCUUGUACGAUAUAGACCCAAGUUGUUGCUUUGUAUGGGUUAUGGGGCAAAGAAUGGCAAGUGA